AUGCUGCGCGUUGGAUCGUUAUUCCAGUGGUUGGUGUGCAGACGGAGUAUCCAUGAAAUGUCAACAAAACGCCCGAUGGACAGUUGUCCCAUCACUGAUCCCGUACUGGAUGUGAGGGAUAUUGAGGGUGUUAUUUGGAGAGGAGAAUAUUUGUCUGCGAUGCCUGGGGAUGAGCCCUCUUCGUGGUGUCUGGACACGCUUCCCAACAACACGACGGAUGCGAGGAAUCUGGAGGAGACACAUCUCAGUGCUGCCUUGCAUGCGGCAUUGAGGUGCCUCGGCAUGCAGGUGCAUCUGGAAGUGACUGAAGAGGGUAACGUCCGUUGUGUCCCAUGCACGGACGGGGCGACGAUUGCGUGGGCCACUCGACCCUACGAUGGGGGAAACGUUAUUUGCCGUGACCACGCGCAGGUGUGCACGAUAUCUGCCAACAGCGGUAGCCUACUUCCAGUGGUUCCGUGGGACGGCGAGGAGAGAGGGUGUGGAGCAGGACGGUUUCACCGGCAUCUACUGAACAAGGAUUACCAGGGGCAUCUGUCCCCGUUGCGGAGAGCAUUGAGACCGGCCGUGGAAAACCACCGAAGGAUGUCGACUUUGCUGCUCCUCAGAAGCAUCCGUUGCCAGAGGAGAAGUGGAUCCAGCCAGGAUGCCCCGAAAUACCGCAAGAAGCUUCUCUCGGUGGCAGGGAUCGAAGCAGCGAGACGGACGGCAGGCAGGACACGUCUCCGACUCCCGGUGAUGACACUGUUGCUGCUGCUUGUCCCUGUCCGCUGCUUCUGCUUGCCUCUGCUGCCGCCGUGGUAA